CUUUUUCUUGUCACGCUCCAACAUCGAAACCCGAAACCCUGACCGGUGAGUUCUCCCUCUCUCUCCAGGGCUUCGAAUGGCUGAAGCAGCUGAAAGGAAGCCAGUUUUGUGGGAACCAAAGCUCCCUCUGCUCCCGUCUGUGACAAAAAAUGGAUCCGUUAAAUCUCAACCUUUGCCCGAAAGUGUUGCGGUAUAUAGGCCUACUACAGAGCUUGUUGAUGGCAUGUUCCUUCCUCCUAACAACGCUAAGAAGUUGAACAAACUAAUGACGAAGCAAGUCAAAGAUACAGCUGGAAAGAAUUGGUUUGACAUGCCUGCCCCAACUAUCACCCCGGAGUUAAAGAAAGAUAUGCAGCUACUAAAGUUGAGGAGUAUAUUUGAUCCUAAGAGGCACUACAAGAAGGGUGAUUCAAAAUUAAAAACUCUUCCAAGUAUUUCCAGGCAAGUCCUUGGUAUUGCAUAUGAGCAAUGAGCAUCUGUCUACUUCGCCAUUUGUAUUCCUUUCCAAUGCCUUAGAUUAAUCUCACUUGAUUAAGUGUUGCAAAUUGUAAUAUUUGUCGUUUUCAUAAUUAAUUAGGUGGGCACGGUCAAAGAGACAGCAUCAAAUUUCUACAUAGGUAGACUUACAAAGGAGGAGAGGAAAGCUACCCUUGCUGAUGAGCUACUUUCUGAUCAAACCCUUGGACAGUACAGAAAGCGCAAGGUUCGAGAGAUUAAUGAACAAAACCGUCUUGCUGGAGUUGACAAAUGGAAGAUAAGAGGUAAGCAGUCCUGGAAACGAGCUAAGCAAAGAAGACACUGAUGGUUUCAGUAGGUAUCCCACGGAAGGUUAUUCCCCAACUAAGAAGUUCAAGUUUUGUGCUGGCUGAGAUGGAUGGAAGAUCUUAGCAGUUUUGGUGUUGCGCUUUAGUGAAAUGAGAGACAGAUCAACCUUGAAUGUUUAUAAUCUUCUUGGACUUAAAUUAUUCGAAACAUUUCAUGAAUUAUAGUACUUUGCUACAUAAAUCUUGGCCGUUUAUGUUCUAAUUCUAGUUACUAUAUAUGGAACAAUGAUGGGUCUUGACUGUUUAUGAUAAA